GAUUAAGGGCGGGUGCCUCUUUUGAAAAAAAAAAAAAAACUAGCAGCAGAAAACAAAGUAAGAAACCCACGUCCCUAUUUAUAAGCCUCUAACUGUCCCAAACUGCUACAGCUCUCUCUCUCCCCCUCCCAUUAACAUCCCAUUCAGUUUCUUAUCAUCAUCUCCAUCUUCUUCUUCUUCUCUUGGCAACUGGAUAACCUUAAAAAAAAUCAAGCUAUUCUCAUCCAAACAAAAGAAAGAAAACUACUCCAUAACAAACAGGAAAAACCCUGUUUGUCAGAAGUAGAAAAGGAUGAAGUGGGGUAGGAAAAAAACCCCAUCUUCUUCGCGCCCUUCUUUAAUAUCUCAUGUUUUCCCCACUUCCUGGCUAACAAAGUUCAAGCACAUGAGCAUCAACCCAGGGCAAGAACAUGCAAAAGCGAAGCAAAAAGGGAAAUGGAAUUCUGUUUCCGCAAGUCCAUUGUCAUUUGCUCGUGGUGAAGGAGGAGGUAGAUUCUAUGGAGGGGAUGGCGAUGCUUUUUGGAGACUUUCUUUUGGUGACGAGAGUGCUAGCACAGGUGCUUUGAGUUCAUUUCAUAAUGAUUUGGACAGUGAGCUCCAGGCUCCACCAUCAAGUUGUCACAGCUGUAGAUCAAACGCUACAAGGGUAAAUAAUAGAAAAGAAGACAAAAUCAGGUUCAGCAACAAGGUUUCCGAAGCAAGGAAAAUGAGAGGACUGCCAAGAGAAAUUGAGAUUUUGCCUGAAAUGGAUGCAUGUAUAAGUGAAAAGGUAGCAGAAAUCAGAACCCCAAGGUUGAGGGUUGAGAGAGAGGAGAAAUUGAGGAAAACAGAUCAAAGGGUUUUCGAAGCGCGGCAGUUCAAAUUGGAUGGAGAAUCGUAUGAAGCAGAGAGGGUAUCAAGAAAAGAGACAUCAAAGAAUAUUUCUGAAACGGAAUCAGAAAGAACGAUUGGGAGGAUAGAGAGAGAGGACUGUAAGUUGACAGCUUCUCAUUCAAAAAAAGAUUUCUCCACUCAUCUAAGAAAGACUAAAAAAGACUUUGUAUUUGCUGCUCAGAAUGAAAGUGAUGGAUUUUCUGUUGAAAAUUUGAGUUCUGAGUGGCAAACGUUGAAAGACAUGAAGAUUGAAGAGCUCAAGACAAAGAGGGAGAAACAGAGAAAAUCUCUGUACAUAAACAGAGAAUUGCAGAGGAAAAAGAAAAGUAAAGUCAGGGCUAUUUCUCCAAGAACAGCUUCAAAAGUCGAAAUCUGCAGAAUAAAAGCACUUGAAGACAUGAAGAAAGCCAAGAUGAAAAAGAAGAAAAAGGCCAGGGAGAAAAAAAUGGAGGGAUUCACAGGCCUAGAGAAUUUCGCUGUGGUGAAAACCUCGUUUGAUCCACAGAAGGACUUCAGAGAUUCAAUGAUUGAAAUGAUUGAGGAGAAGAGAAUUAGCCGGUCAGAAGAGCUUGAAGAACUCUUGGCGUGCUAUCUGACAUUAAACGCUGACGAGUAUCAUGAUCUUAUUGUCAAGGUAUUCCGGCAGGUAUGGUUUGAUCUGAACGAGGCCUGCUCUGAUACUGAACUAGAGAAUGAACAAGGUUACGAUGAAUAACCGCAUUAGUCAGUUAAUUAUAGCAAGAAACUUGUAAAUUUCCUGUAAAUUGCUAAGAUAUUACUGUUAUAAUAUGAUGAUGCCUCUAAUUAAUUAUCA